UAUAAGUUUCCUCCUGCAAAACCCAUCAGGCAUUUGUUUUGUUGAACUGUUCAAACUUCAAUCCUCUUAAUUAGUGGGUCUUCCCUAAAGCAGGAUCAAGCUUUAAUGCCUUCUUUACUUUUAAAUUCAGCAAUCCAAAAUAAUGCUAUGAGCAUUUAGCAUUUAUUGUUCCGGUCGGGUUUUCCUGUUUUUUGGUUAAUGGCUGUUCGGGAUUUAUUAUUAUUAUUAUUAUUAUUAUUUUUAACUUUUGAGGCUAGUAAUUCUGUGGAUAUUUUUCAGACGGGUCCAUUGUUGCAGUGAAGGAAAGUUUCAGAUAUUUCGGGGGUUCGUUCCUGCUUGGUAUAAUAGAUUUUUGUUCGGUAUUACAGUUUUGGCAAUUGUGUUUUAAUUGUUUAUAAAGGUAAACCAUAUGUUUUCUUUAUCUGGUCGGUAAAAAUGUCUACUUUAGGUGUCUCCUUUUGAACAAUGAUUGAGAUCUAAGGGGGUCAAGUGUCAACAACUGAUAUUUCAAGCUAGAUUUUUCUUUUCUGCUAGGAAUUUCAGGAUAAGACGUGAAUCAUAUUGAUUUGUUCUGCUCAGAUUGCAGUGAGCCAAGUGUUAAAACUUUUAUAUUCACAAUGACUUGAAUGGAGGUGAUCAGUGAAAAUGAGAUCUAUAGAGGACAAGGGGUGCUAUAACCAUGGCUCAACGCAGGAGAUUUCAACUAGCAGCAAUGCCAUUAGUUUUGAGUUUCACAAAGGAAAUGGAGUUACUCGCACUUCCCACCAUCAUCGGACGGCCUUGGGGAAACCGACACCUUCAAAAUGGGAUGAUGCACAGAAAUGGCUGGUUGGAUUGUCAAGAGUGGGAGAGAAAAAGCAAUCCAAAACCAAGCCACGGAAUUCGAAUGCUGAUGAUUUGAGACUCAUCGCUCCUGUCCCACAGAAGGAGCAGGACUAUUCGAGUGGUGAGGGUGAAGGUGAAGUUGAAGAAGAAGAAGAAAAUGGAUGUGCUGGUUCUGCAAUCACAAAUCAAUAUGAAAUUGAAACAAAGAAGGUAGACUGUGAUGAGUCGGUCUGGCGUAUCAAUAAGCUGCCGCCGGAGAAUUUGACACCGGUUGUCCGGUCGGUAUGUGUGAGGGACAUGGGAACUGAGAUGACCCCAGCUGCAAGCCUAGAGCCUUCAAGAACUGCAACUCCUAUUAGAGCCACAACUCCUGCAGCAAGGAGCCCUAUUGCUUCUGGAUCCUCAACCCCAGUUAGAUGUCAGCAUGGAAAGCAGGCUUGCGAAGGCUAUCAGACAGGUCUAACAUGCACUGAUGGCAGAGGAGAUCAGCCUAAUCCUACCAGGCAGUGUGGAGGAGACUCAAAUGCCUGCAACAUUACUGACACCAGGAAUUCAGGUCAACCUAUAACUAUGAGUCCUCUAGAAAGCCGAGCAGUGGCUUGGGAUGAAGCAGAACGUGCCAAAUACAUGGCAAGGUAUAAGCGUGAAGAGGUGAAGAUUCAAGCCUGGGAAAAUCAUGAGAUGAGGAAAGCUGAGAUGGAAAUGAAGAGAAUGGAGGUGAAAGCUGAGAGAUUAAAAGCUAGGGCACAAGAGAGGUUGUCAAACAAACUUGCUGCAACUAAAAGAAUAGCUGAAGAAAAGCGUGCAAAUGCCGAAGCCAGCCUGAAUGAGAAAGCUGUUAAAACUUCUGAGAGAGCAGACUAUAUAAGGAGGACUGGUCACUUGCCCUCCACAUUCUCCUUCAAGUUGCCUUCUCUUUGCUGGUAGCAACUCUGCAGUACAUUUUAAUUGUAACAUUCGCCAGUAAUUUUUUUAAUUAUAUUUAAACAUGUGGAUUAGCUGUUGAGCAAGCUACUGUUGCAAAAUGCAUUCAUAUGGUUCCUUCAAUAAAUUUUGGACGCCCAUUUUUUGGGUAAGUCUUCCUAGA